UCAAAGCAAACAUAUAUCACGCAUCAUAUUUAUUGUUUAUCAAUUUGCAAAACGUGCCAAAUAUAAUUUAAUAAUUCUAAUCUAUUUAUUCUCAUUAACAAAGAGCUAAUUAGUUUAACUAUAAAUUAUUAAGUCGUAAUCUUAAAUACAAACAAAAAGCCAACGCUACAAAGAAAGAGAGAGAGAGAGUGAAGGAGAAAGAAAGAGCGAGAGCAAGAGUUUGCUUCAAAAUGAAUAAGCAACAAAUGCUAUUUAGUUUAUUUUUAUGGUGCCUAUGCGCUCCCAGCUUUACGCUUCGCAUACCGGAGGAUCUUGAGAAUAGCGCGGUCAACUCGCUACGCUCGGAACGUGCUCGCUCUGUGCAGCCUUGCGGUCAAGGUGAAGCCAGCGCGGCGGAUGAUUAUGAUGUCUGCCCGCCGAGUAAAUAUCGCCAGCCCACGGCAGAGUGCAACAAUGUGUCGCACCGCAAGUGGGGUGCACGUGGCGAUAUCUUCCAGCGUCUGCUGCAGCCGGACUAUGCCGAUGGCGUCAGCCAACCACGCAGCUCGCGUGGCACCCACGCCCUGCCCGACGCUGAGCUGGUGAUCGAGCAACUGCAGCGCCAUGUGGAGAGUGAGCUGCGGCACGAUCACAUCACUGCCAUGCUGCCCGCCUGGGGUCAGCUGCUGGCCAACGAUCUGUACGAAGUAGGUCAGCUGCCCAUCAGCGGUAAGUGCUGUCAGCGUGACGCCGUCAUCAAGGAUCCCAGCGAGCUGCAACAGUGCUUUGUACGUUCCGGUGCUGACUGCAAGGAAUACAAGCGCUCCGCACCCGGCUAUGAUGCAGAGGCGUGUCAGAAGCAUGUGCGUGAACAGAUGAACAUUGCUUCAGCUUAUAUAGAUGGUUCCGGUCUGUAUGGCUCCACCCGCCACGAAUUCGACCAGUUGCGCACAUACAUCAGCGGUGGUGUUAAGGUUGAGUCUUGUCGCUAUUGCCAAGUGUCUGGUGCCACGGGUGCCCUGCAUCGUGCCUUGCUGCAGCAACACAACAACAUUGGCGAACAAUUGGCGCACAUCAAUUCCGAUUGGUCUGAGGAGGAUGUGUUUUUGGAAGCGAGGCGCAUCAUAACCGCCACCAUACAGCACAUUACCUACAAUGAAUUCUUGCCAUUGGUGCUGGGUCAGGAGACCACAGCCAAGGAGGCUCUAAGGCUGACGGCAGAGAAGCAUUCGUCUAACUAUUCUAGCUCCAUACGCGCCGGCAUCUACAAUGAGUUUGCCACUAGCGCCAUGCCCGCCUUCUGGAGCAUGUAUCCACCAGAAAUGCUCUCUCAGAAGAGUUCGGCCCAUGAAUUACUCUCGAUUGCUGCGCUGCAGAAGUCUUUGGUGCCCAGUCAAACGAACGAUGACGGCUGGUCCGAGCUGGCCCUGGCCGUGCACCGUGGCCGCGAUCAUGGCAUUGCACCCUACAUACAAGCCCUGGACAUUUGCGCACGUCGCUUUGGCCAUAACUCGGCUGCCAAUGUAACCUUCGAUAAUCUGGCACAACUCACAAACAUUCCAGAGGAGCAUGUUACCAACUUGCGUGACAUCUAUCAAAACGCUGAAGACAUUGAUUUGCUUGUUGGCGCUCUGCUGGAGGAUCCCGCUGUGGGGGCUCUGUUUGGACCCACUAUUACCUGUCUGUUGACCACGCAGUUUGAGCUGCUGAAGCAAACCGAUCGCUUCUGGUACGAGAACGAGAUCCCACCCUCAUCUUUCACUCUUGAGCAGCUAAAGAGCAUUCGUCAGACUACGCUCUCCGGUCUGCUCUGCGGCUCUCAUCAGGUCAAUACAGCUCAAUCGAGGGCUUUCAUACGCGAGGAUAACUAUCUAAACUCUGUUUUGGAUUGUGCUCAGCUGCCCAAAUUUGAUUUGCGCCCCUGGAAAGUAAAUUCCGAGGAGGAGAUUCACUUGGAGCACGUUGAAGUGGAGGCCGACACCAAGGAAGCCAUCAAUGAACUAAGUCCAGAACUGAUUGAGGCGGCCGUCGAGCGCGCCAAGCAGGAACUGGAGGAACGCAAGCGUUUCGAAUACGAAGUGUGGCGUGCACAGGGCGGCAUUAGCGCUCGUUCACCCGACGGCACCGCUGCCUCCUUUAGCAAGGCCAAUCUGGCUGCCCUAAGCCUGGCCAACUCCUCUCUCAUCUUCGAACUGGCCUCCAAUGAGAUCGUCAAAUCGCUGAACAGCAUUACACGCCGCAAGCGUCAAAUCUUCAAUCCCAACCAGAAUGCCUUCAAUCGCAACGAACUCACUGAUACCCUACAAACUGUGGACAUUAGCGCUCUGAUUGGUGGCAGUCAAACAUCGUUGGACCAUUGUCCGGAGCCAACGCAACAGUGUGAUGCCAAUACGCCAUUCCGCACGCUCUCGGGACGUUGCAACAAUUUGCGUAACCCCAACUGGGGCAAGUCAUUGACUACCUUCUCCCGUCUGCUGCCCGCUCAAUACGAGGAUGGCAUUUCGGCACCUAGAAUCACAGGCGUAUCGGGAGCUCCACUGCCCAAUCCCCGUACCAUAUCUACAACCAUUCAUCCAGAUAUCUCGAACCUGCACACUCGCUACUCGCUGAUGGUGAUGCAGUUUGCGCAGUUCGUGGAUCACGAUUUGACUUUGACACCUAUUCAUAAGGGUUUCCAUGAAUCCAUUCCCAGUUGCCGCUCUUGCAACUCUCGCCAGACCGUCCAUCCGGAGUGCAAUCCGUUCCCAGUGCCCGCUGGCGAUUUCUUCUACCCCGAAGUGAAUGUCACGAGCGGUGAUCGUUUGUGCUUCCCCUCGAUGAGAUCGUUGCCCGGCCAGCAGUCGCUUGGACCUCGUGAUCAAAUCAAUCAGAACACUCACUUCCUCGAUGCUUCCAUGGUGUACGGUGAGAACGCCUGUCUGGCCAAUAAGCUGCGUGGCUUCUCCGGUCGUCUGAACAGCACAGUGCAUCCCAUCCGUGGCAAGGAACUGUUGCCCAUGAGUGCCACCCAUCCCGAGUGCAAGUCCCGCAACGGACUCUGCUUCAUUGGAGGCGACGAUCGCGCUUCUGAGCAGCCAGGCUUGACCUCUAUUCAUACUGCUUUCCUGCGCGAGCACAAUCGUCUGGUCGAGGGUCUGCGCGGUGUGAACCCCCACUGGAAUGGCGAGCAGCUGUACCAUCAUGCCCGUCGCAUUGUCAGCGCCCAGGUGCAGCAUACUGUUUUCAAUGAAUUCCUGCCCCGUAUUCUCAGUUGGAACGCUGUGAAUCUGUAUGGCCUGAAACUGCUGCCACAGGGCUAUUACAAGGACUACAACCCAUCCUGCAGUCCCAUUGUGUUUAAUGAGUUUGCCUCCGCUGCCUUCCGUAUUGGUCACUCACUGCUGCGUCCGCAUAUUCCACGGCUCAGCGUACAGCAUCAACCCGUGGAUCCACCACUGCUGCUGCGUGAUGGCUUCUUCCGCAUGGACGUCUUGCUGCAGCCAGGCAUUAUUGACGAGAUUCUGCGUGGUCUGGUGGCAACACCUAUGGAAACGCUUGAUCAGUUCAUCACAGGGGAGGUGACCAAUCAUCUGUUUGAAGAUCGCAAGAUACCCUUCUCCGGCAUUGAUCUGAUUGCUCUGAACAUACAGCGUGCUCGUGAUCAUGGCAUUCCCUCGUACAACAACUAUCGCGCUCUAUGCAACUUGAAGCGAGCCACCACGUGGAACGAUCUGAGCCGCGAAAUACCCACCGAAGUCAUUAAUCGUUUCCAAAAGAUCUAUGCUAGUGUGGAUGACAUUGAUCUAUUCCCUGGUGCUAUGACCGAACGUCCACUCCAAGGUGGCCUGGUCGGCCCAACGCUGGCCUGCAUCAUUGGCAUUCAGUUCAGGCAGCUGCGUAAGUGCGAUCGCUUCUGGUACGAGAAUCAAAACCCCGAGGUCAAGUUCUCUGAGGCUCAGCUGGCUGAGUUGCGUAAAGUAACGCUCGCCAAGAUUGUCUGUGAGAACCUGGAGAUUCAGGGCGAUAUGCAGCGUGCCGCCUUUGACUUGCCCAGCAAUUUCCUUAAUCCUCGUGUGCCCUGCCAGUCCAUGCCACAAAUUGAUUUGAAUGCUUGGCGCGAGAAUGUUCAAGGCUGCCAAAUUGGCAACCGCAACGUGCGCGUGGGCGAGUCCGCCUUCCCAUCACCCUGCACCAGCUGCGUCUGCUCCGCCGAAGGCCCUCAGUGCGCGUCGCUGCGCAUCACCGACUGCGGCCAACUGAUUCGCCAGUGGCCCAAAGACGCCAUUCUGCGGGACGAGGUGUGCAAUUCGCAGUGCGGCAUCUACUUGACCGGGCAACAGGCGAGCGGCUUCACUGCCCAGCAGCGUCAAGGCCACGCCCAGUCGCGAGUCACACGUUCACGCAAUCAGAACCUAUUCAAGUUCCCCGACUUGACGCCGUUCAUUGCUGCCCUCUAGGGAGGGGGCAACACGAGAAAGCAGGCUUUCGUACACGUUUUGUAAAUAACUUUUACGUUCUUUACAUGAUUAGUUACUUAUUUUGUUCGCUUACCUGAAGACUUUUCAAUGCAAAUCUAUACACCCUAAACAACUGUUCUAUAUACGACGGCAAUAUCUCGUA